GUUAAACGUGUAUUCGCUUACUCGCAGUAAAUUCAAGGCAGGGCUUCGUUCAGAUUUAGUGUAUUUGAACAGUUUACGCUAACUUUAAACAAUAAUAUCCCAGUAGCUAAUCUUAGCUGUAGUAGGUCGAUUGCCUUACAUUAGUCAGAUUGUGCUAAUCGAAUUGUAUUUAAUCUGACACUUGCAGCAUUUCCCACUUGGCCUACUUUGUAGAGUAGCCAGAGGAGCGGCUUUUCAUCUUGACUUUCUGGCGCCUUUGGCUGUUUGGUUCGCGAUUGAACGUUUAACAACUUGACAACGCAAACCAUAACAAGCGUUUCCCUCAACAGCUCGUUCUCUAACUGACCAAAGAUGAAGAGAAGCAGAGGCGUUGAUGAGGAAACUCCUCGGCAGAAUGGCUCCGCUGGACGAAGGAAAGGAGAGCAGCAGCAACAUGACGGAGACGGCGGUGGUUGUUCCUUCAGCCCAGCUGACCUACAGGACGACGACAGUGACCCGGGACUCAGGAGAGAAAUACGGAGCAAGUACAGAGACCUCAUCAACUCGGUGCAACAGAAUAGGGAAGAUAUGCUGAGUCCGUCCAACAACAGACUCACCGAAGUUUUAGAAGAAGCAAAUAAACUUUUUAAAGAUGUCCGGCAGGCGCGGGAAGCAGCUCUGGAUGCCCAGCUGCUUGUUGUGGCCACAGACCUGGGCAAGGAGAAAGCCACCCAGCUGUUUGCUGAGGGUACUGCUUUCGAUCCCACUGCUUUUGCUGAGCACCUUCUGUCCUUCAUGGGUAUCAACCGACUAGAAGACGGGGAGGGCGAGCAGCAGAACGGACAUGGGGCUGAUGGCUACCUGCCGCAGGACGCUUGGGAGAGAGUGGCCCGCAGAGCAGAGUGCUGUUUCAGGACAGCACCCUCCUUCCACUACAUGAUGGGUUCGUUUCAUGCAGAGCCCCCCCCUCCAAAGCAAAGGAUAGAACGGCAAAGGAAGGCACCCAGCAAGGAAGCCAAAAGGAUAAUGCCCACUCAGCUAAAAAAAAUGGAAGACUCCCACCAUGAAGCGACAGAGAAAGAGGUGGAAAGGAUCCUGGGCUACCUGAAGAGUUAUUACCAAGAUGAUCCAACAUCCCCAAUAUCAUAUUACGAGUUUGUUAUUGACCCCAACUCGUUUUCUCGGACUGUAGAGAACAUUUUCCACACGUCCUUUCUAAUCAGGGAUGGUUUGGCACGGAUGUAUCUGGAUAAUGCCAAAUUGCCUUGUAUAGCGCCGAUAGAGGAGGGGGAGGUGGAGGCUGGAGGAACGUGCGCUCGGAAACAGUGCAUUGUGUCUUUCAGCCCAAAGAUAUGGAAGGAGCUCAUAGAUGCCUUCGACAUCAGAGACACAAUGAUUCAGCCCCCGAACGUGCAGAGCGAGUGAUGGACCCUGGCCACUUUCUGUUAGCUGAAACUGAACUUUGUUUUUAGGUGUGUUCCAUUUUUUAAAAAUUUCUGAAUAAACAGAGUAAUUAUUAGAAAUUUUCCAGGUCUCAGUGUAAGUCACAGAUGUAAACUGUGACUAGCAACUUGAGAUUUCAUUUUAUUUUAAUUGUUUUACUAUUUUUAAACAUUUGAAUAAUAAAAGGCAAAGAACAGAAAA